AUGGGUACUAGUACGGAGGCAGCAACUGCAUCGUCCACUUUACUCACAGCAGCAGUCGGUAAUGAUGCUGAAAAAUUACAGUGGAUAGUGUUAAACCAAGUGGAAGGUGUGCAAAUGCGUGAAAUGUUCUGGGAUUUAAGUAAGGACGUUGAUGUGGACAUGCUGGCAUGCAGCGAAGCUGUCAAACUGUUGCGCACAAUGACUGAGGAGGAGAAAACACAGUGUUGCAAAGCAUCUCUUUCUCUACUUUCAAACAAGGAUAAUCCUCGAUACAUCCAUUAUGAAAGGAUUUUAUCUUCAAUAUUUAUGGCUGCUUGCAAUGAAGGCAUCCUUCCUCUUUCUGAUUGCUGUGAACUUCUUAUUCUUUGUACCAAUUUCACCCUUACGACGCCAGUGGAUCCACGCAAGUUUGAGUAUAUGCAGAAAAACUUGCAUCUAAUUGAUUACAAAGGGCUUCGAAACAUUUUGAAGUUACUUGUGGUUGAACGUAUGCAGGAAGUGCCUUCGACAAUCACACAUCAUCACCGCCAUAUGCUUCUGCCUGUAGAAAAUAUGUUACUAACGCUAAUCGAUCGGCAGCUAAAUCUUCUUCCAUGCAUUUUUACAAUUACUGAGCUUCAUCGUGUCUCCAGUAAUUCACGUGCCUUUCUUUUACCAAGGGUAGCGAAAAAGUUCAACGAUAUGUUUAUUUCUUUUCGGCCACUUACCGAAAUGGUAACAGUAAUCGGGCGGUCAUGGCUUUACCCCAUAGCCGCUCACAUUUCUUUCCCUGUAAGUACGCCAUCUUGGAAACUUGAGGUCACCACUACUCGAUUGCAUCAACGAGCUCAUCUUCCAUAUAAAUCCGAGCUUUUUGCUCCACAGUCUUUUCUGCUUUACACACUUCUUCGACAGCCUCGCGGAAAAGAUACACUUUCUUAUGUUAUGCGACAAAAUACGAACUUGACACCACAGCGACUACAGUGUGAUGAGUUGCUGCACAUGAUCAUUCUCGAGGCUAUGAGUGAAAUGGAAAAGGCAGAUACCCGCCUUGACGAUCCUGUAAAUCAGUAUCAGUGGAUGAACAUUACACAAACAGUUACAUUCUCACUACUCCAUGGAAAUGCCUCCUUUUCUCGCCUUCUUAAAAUAUUAUACGAAUCACUUUCGGAAACAGUGUACCGAAAAGGAAGAGAUGAACUAAUGUGGGUUAUUUUGCAAUACGUUGCAGUUUAUAUUGACAGAGUAUCAAAUGAGGAGAUGGUUCGCAUUGCCGAAAUUUAUAACUUACUUUACAGUGAUGAGCAGACAUGGUCUGGUGCAGACACAGAUCCGCUGUUGUUUGUCCGGUUUCUGGUUCCAGCUGCCAUCUGGAUACAUUUUUAUAAGAAAUUAGGUAACUCUCACACAGAGAUACUUCCUAAACCUUCCGAAUCCUUAUGGCGACAAAUACAGUUCCUGCAAGAAAGAACAGCAGAUUCAGAUCCCAAUAUUCAAAAUGUCGCUGAUCACAAUGCUGUUCUGGCUGCUGUUGCUAAUGCUUACAGCAGCGAUAUGCCGAACUUCCAGAAAUUGGUUUUAACAGCAGUGGAUGUCUUUUUGGAUGGAUCUCCGGAAGAAAUGAAUACAGUUUGGCAUCUUCCGCAUGGGAUCAUCUCCUACUCGAAAAAGACACCUUUACCACUCUCGUUGAUCGAUUCGUUGACUUUCCAUGCACGGAAUCAUUUAUUUCAACUUUGUUUGUUGAAACUCACAGCUAUGCUUUCAGUUCAGCAAACACAAAAAUUACCUAGUCCUGCAACAAUCGAUACACUUGUGCGUUUAGCAGUAACUACGGAAUUUGAAUAUGGUGUGAAGCAGGUACUAGCGUUGUUGUCAUCCACAUUAGCCUCAGUAAACAAAAACUCUAAUUUGGGAUCAGCACAGCAGGAUCGUUCCCGGGAUUUACUUUUUGUUCUUUGUGAUAUUCUUUCAUAUCGUUUCAUCAGUUAUCCAUUUCCAGUGGGAUCAAAGGUUAAUUUGAUGCUUUGGUGUUAUACAGCACUUGGAAACAGUCAAGUACAGAUGAAUAUUACACUGUGCUCGGCUCUGGAACAGGUUAUGCUGCGAUAUUGGAUGUGGAAUUCGCCACAAGAAAUGUUCUAUCUGAGCAAUGCUUUCCUUGGCAAACAAGGCAAGCUGGCAGUCAUAUUCAACACAGCUAAUUCAACAUUUUGUGAUCCACAGCAUGGGAAUGUUCAAAUUGAACGGCAGUAUACAAAUUCACAUGUAUCCCUCGAGUUAUUACGAUGCUUACUUCUUUCUAUGUUCAGAUCGCUCAAAAUGACAGGAAUGGAAAUGACCGCAGAAAUGAUGCAGCGUUGUAAUGUGAAUUUCUGCUGGCCCCUGUCGAUUAAUCGGACAUAUAGCUCUCAACUCAUUGGUUGUAAUGUGGAUGAUGGCGCUGCAGAUACAGUUGUAUAUGAUGAGCUUAUGCAUCGUGUUAUUCAAGAAGUGCAUCAAGUACAAGAAAUUAUUUAUGCACAAGGUUUGGCUGCUGAGGAACAGCUACUGAAGUUCUUUUCGGGUGAACGGAGACAAACGAUUUUCUGUGUUGUAUACAAUAUGCUGUUUGAAACAAAGAAGAUACAUCCAGUGAUUUACUCUGUGUUAAAUUCAAUGAACAGUAAGGAACUCACGGCAACGAUAAACAAAUUCACAGAUUAUUUCAUAUUUAUUUUCAAAAAGAAUCUUCCCUCAGACGAUCAGCAGUUUGCAGCAAUGAUUGGAAUUUUAAACGACAUGGCAUUUAAUUUACAUCUGAUACCGCUCGAUCGGCUGCUUACUUCUCUGGUUCUUCACCCAACUGAUGACGGAGCUACCGAGAUUGCUAUGCUCAUAAUCCAUUCUUUAGUCGGCUCGUAUCCUGAUUUGCAUAAUCGAAUUACGGCUUUGGUGCACAUAAUUCCAUCAAAUAAAAUUGGCAACACUAGUGCUGCAUUUUUUAAUAAAAUGUCAGAAUAUUAUUCGCAAUUUCCGGAACUGUCAUACAGAGAAAUGGAAGUAAAAAUGAGAAGGGAGAUGCAAAUUGAAUUAGGUAUGCGACCAAUGGAGCAGCCAACCGUUAAUCCAGAAUUUCAUAUGCCAAUUUACUAUGGUAAUAUUAUGGAACGCAUUCUUCCGAUUGUGGACAUUAUCUUACUCCGAGCGAUAGAAACUGUAGUUGCUGAUCAACUGUUCACGACACUAUUGAUGUGCUUCAAACCAUGCUACCGAUAUCAUCCGCAGCCAGCAGCUUAUAUGUACAGUGUGUUAUAUUGCUUAGACAAAACUAUCUCACAUACGGUUCGUGCUAGAGAUUUUGUGUUGGAAAUUUGUGGACAGCUGGAAGAUAGGGAUGGUAAAUAUGCCCUUUUAACGCCGUCAUUUAUUUCCGACAAUCAUCAAUUAUCAUUGCCGUCUCAGUUUUGUCAAGCAUUGGUGGAUCGCAUUUUGCAAGCUUCUAACUAUGCCCACCAGCCACCAGCUUUCGCUUAUAAAGAUUGGAGGUUCGCGGAGAUGCCACCUGCUGGACAAGCCCUUACUGGCGCAUGUAUCGAGCUGCUUGCAUCUCCACAUGCACCAGUUAUUACAGCCCAUGCGCUCAUUGAUUUGGUUUUUAUUCGGCCAUUGCACCAGCCAUAUGCCACUAUCAAUGCAGUUGCUCUGAUUUUAACGGCUCUGCCAGUUUCUUUCCAACAAGUUUUUUAUGAGCAUAUUGUAUCCGUGCUCGAUUCAGAGGCACUACACGGCGACCCCUCCGUUUGUUUCGGCAGUUUGGAAAGUGAAUGCUUCCUGCUUACCGAAAAUCAGUUACUAACGAAUCUUGCACUCGGCCAUGCUUAUCUUCAACACUGCAAUACAAGUUCACUGGCAGCUUUGCCUGAAUUUGUACGUGAUCAGCUUGCACCAAAAUUAGUCACGGAAGCGCAACUCAUAUUCGUACUUCGGCUCGUUGUGCCCAUUUUACAACGAUUUUAUGAUGCCAAAGAAAGAAGCAAGCAGAUACAGGAUCUCGCUGUGGAUGUUUAUAAGAUGACGGUGAAAGUAAACGAACGAGUAGGCGUACUGAAAUACGAGGAUUCAAUUUGCGAUUUUUUGUACCAUAUGAAGUAUAUGUACGUCGGUGAUUUUGUUAAAAAUGAAGCAGAGCAGGCAAUACAACGAUUGUCACCAUCUAUGCGAGACAAAUUGAAGUAUAUCUCACAUACACAAAUAAACACCACUAUUGAUCUUCCUCAUAAACUCGCUCCUGAUCUAAAUGCAAUAAAACGGGGCGUAUGGAUGGAGCAUGGUGCUGGAAGUCAUACUAUGCAGUUCUCUCAAACAAUGAAGCUUAUACGAGGGAGCUCUUGGUACUGGGGAAAUAUGUCAUGGAGAGACGCGGAGAAAGUGCUGAUGAGUCAGCUACCAGGAACCUAUCUCGUACGAGAUUCAGCUAGUGAUCGCUAUAUUUUCACGAUAUCAUAUCGAACUAAACAUUCUGUUCAUCAUACGCGUCUUGCACAACAUGGUGGAAAUUUUUGUCUUGGAGGGCCAAAUUCAUUGGUGAAAGCGAAUUCGUUAGUUUCGUUCAUCGAAAAUUCGUUGCAGAGCUGUGGUAGAAGGAGGAUCUGCAUGCUGAUGCAUCCGAAAAGUGAUAGCACAGGAAUCGAGAUCCUUGAACUAAAUCACUUGUUACAUCGACAUGAACUUCUACCGUCUCUGAAAUAUUUGUGUAGAGUGGUCAUACGUAACUGUGUUGAAAAGGAGCUACUUCCAUCUUUGCCUUUGCCGCCAAAUAUGAUUUGUUAUUUAGAGGACCCGAAAUAUUUCGUUCCUUCUUAUUUCUGGAGUUAA